UUAUUGCAUUUGUUAAUCAUCCCAUGUUCAACCUAUCUCCCAUCGGUUCUUGACCUUUCCUCGCCGCUCUCCCUUCCUCGUUUACCCUCUUUCGGCCACACUCUUGCUCUUCUUGAGAUGCUUAUUGUGCGCCGCGUUCUCUUCCUGCAAGCACUCGAAAGUCAUCCUGCCUUCAUGUCCGCCAUUCUUUCUCAUCAGUCCCUGACCUUGAUUGUGUUAUGUUUAUGCCCUUGAGGGCCUGCACUCCCCGUUUACCUGACAAAUGAUACUCUCUCUCUCACCCCACCCAUCGUUGCCUGAGGAACGAUGGUUCCCGACUUUCCUAAGAUACUGUAAGGCUGUUUACGGCUAUUUGGAGGAGCUAUCACACAUUCAGUUGUUGAUGUCCUGUCAAGGAGGUGACCGCUUGGUUGUCACGCUUAGGCUGUGGUGCAUGGCUGUCACACCCUCAUGGCUGUUGCUUAGGUGACUGCCUUGUUGGAUGAUAAAAAAAGAAAGUCCUUUCGACAUGUGACAUGCUUAGGCUGCUGCUGCAUGGCUGUCACACCUUUGUCCAUCCAGGUGUUGACGACCAGGAAUUGGCUGCUUGGCUGUCACACCCUCAGCUGUUGAUGUCCUUUCAAGGUGGUCACCACCCCCUUGGAUGACCGGUGUCCCUUUCACGGUGUGACAUGCUUCCGCUGUCACACCUUUGUCCUUUCCAGGUGUUAUUAAUGACCAAGCGUUGACUGCUUGGGUGUCACACCUUCAGCCUCGAUCCAUCCCUUGCAAAGGGUCGACCGCUUGGCCGACGUAACUUUGCUGCAGGUGAGAGCUCAGUCAGUUCGAUCCACUCUGAUCAGACUCCAUCAGACGCCAUCACCGUCAUCAUUCCGACCUUAUCUUCUCCCAUCCAAUUAGAGGACAGUUACAGAUUCCAAUUUGUACCGUUCCAACUUCGGACGGAUUUUUGAAUCCUGAUUUGUACCGUUCCAACUUCAGGUUUUCAAAUUUUAUGGCCGCGCAAUUAAUAGUUACUAGAGAAUGUCACACCAAGUGGCCUACCUUCGUCCCCCGAAUACAACGUACAGUCAUUAUAGCUGUAUUUGAGGGAUCUUUCGGUGUAGAUACAGCUAUGGUGACUGUGCGUUGUGUUCGGGGGAAGAAGGUAGUUCAGUUGGCACACCCCUGAACUGUUGGAAUACAGACCGGAGUUCGAACUGCACUGGAAACAGAUGAGAGAAAUACUCAAAUUCUGGUCGGUUCGAUGAUGAUAUCUCAAGGAUGUCACCCUUUUAUUUUAAAAAGAAAGUUCCUAGAAUGUCGCUGAUCCCUGUUGCCUUCCGUCUUCUCCCCCGAGCAGAACGCGCGGUCGUUAUAGCUGUAUGUAUGUGGGGCUACUUUCAGUCUAGACUCUAGAUACAACGAUAACGACCGUACAUUCUAUUCGCUGGAAGAUGACAGCAAGCUGUGCAAGCACAGUGCAGUUGCGAUGGCAGGGGCACAGCAGACAUUUUUUUGAGGCACCCCAGUGAAAUUUGGGAACUGUUUACAUGUGACUCAGCAAUUAGCAAUUCCAAGAAUGCCACUGAUGGUGUUGACCGGCAAGAUGAGCAGGCGCAAGGCAGGUGCACAUGGAGGGACAGAGAUGAAAUUCCACCAUUCCAAGGGACACGGGUGGAAUUGUGGAUCUGCUCAUGUGCCCAGAUAUGGAUACGUACUGACUCUACUGAGCCAUGCCAUUGGAAACGGCCAAGGGUCAUCCUCAGGCACAGAGGGAAGUUGCAUCUACUGCACAGAGGGAAGUUGCAUCUACUGCACAGAGGGAAGUUCCACGUACCGCACAGAGGGAAGUUGCACGUACCGCACAGAGGGAGGCUGCACUUAGAUAAAAGAGAGAAACGGAGGGAAGUUGCAAUCAGAUAGUGGAUUCAAAUGACAUGUGUGCUAAGUCCAGAGAAGGACACCAGAGGCGCAUAACGUGCAGCAAUGACAUGUGAGCUGCUAAGUCAAGAGAAGAACACCAGAGGCACAUAACGUGGAGCAGUUCAUCAGGAAGGGACUUGGAGGCGAUGGGACAAAUCAGGUAAGAUGAAUGUAUGUCCGGCUGUCCGGAACGAAAGAUAUGUGUCCGACGUCCGUACAAUAAGCCUAUAGGCUAUAGAACAAUAUUUUAUAUUAGACUAAAGUGUAGUAGUACUUCAGUUUUACUAUAUGCCACUGAGUACGGCAUGUUGUAUUGUACAUUGUAGUGUGGUCUUUCAUGAUCAGGUCAGGACAGCAACAGUACAAGGGUUUCUUAAACCCGCUGCUUUCAGUUUUUCCUUCUCAAUUUAUUCCCCUUUCAUUGUGAACUAGAAGGGAUUGCUUUUGCUAUCCAUUUUUUAUUUUUCCUAUCUUGGUUCCCAAUUUUUGCUAUCCGUUUCCCAGCAGAACUGGGCAAUUGGCAUGCUAAUGGCAGUGGUAAUAGCAAGGAAUCAACACAGUGGUCAUGAUGAUGGUGGUGGUGAGUGUGUGCAGAUGCUAGAGCUUAGAGAGUUUUGGUAGCAGGAAUGGGAGGAAGAGAGGGUGGUGAUCCAUCUGGUGGUGACGGAUUUUGAUUGCACUAAAAAUGACCACUUUCUAAUGUGUGUGUGUAUAUAUGUGUGUGUGUGUGUGUGUGUGUGUGUGUGUGUGUGUGUGUGUGUGUGUGUGUGUGUGUAGAUGCUAGAGCUUAGAGAGUUUUGGUAGCAGGAAUGGGAGGAAGAGAGGGUGGUGAUCCAUCUGGUGAUGACGGAUUUUGACUGCACUAAAAAUGACCACUUUCUAAUGUGUGUGUGUGUAUAUGUGUGUGUGUGUGUGUGUGUGUGUGUGUGUGUGUGUGUGUGUGUGUGUGUGUGUGUGUGUGUGUGNGAGAGAGAGAGAGAGAGAGAGAGAGAGAGAGAGAGAGAGAGAGAGAGAGAGAGAGAGAGAGAGAGAGAGAGAGAGAGGCACUGCACACAGAGUUUUGGUCAGACUUCCAGACCGGCCAUCUUGUGGGGAAUGGAGCAUGAACCUGACUGCCAGUGUUUACUAAUCCCCCCCCUUCCCGGCAAGUACCCAUUCGACUGGCAAAUACAAAAUCUUCGCCCAGUCGUUGUAGCUGGCUGGUUGAUGGCAUUCAUUCUCUCACUGUCUCACUUCAAAUUGUGGUGUGCUGCUCUUUCUCCAGGGAACGGAAUUUUCACUGUUAUUCAACGACGAAGGUGGUUUCAAUGUACGGGGUUAGGUUCAACCCCCAGAGGGGAUAGGUUCUACCCUGAGGGGAUAGGCUCAACCAUGACGGGAUAGGCUCAACCCAUAACCCUUAGUGUAGCUUGCCACUGGAGGGUAGAUCAAGAUGUGUAUCAUUCCCAAUUAGGUAGGUAGAGGGAGGUAUAUUGAGAGAACUCAGAGAAUAUUAUAGCUUAGUGUUAAUAAAUAAACAAAAGGCCAAUAACCUAAUGGCCUUGAUUAUUAGCUCACUAUCCGGCCCCCAGGUGAUUCAGAAAUGUCUGAUUUUAUUCAUGUUGUUCCAUAUGGAUUGAAGCUCAGGUCUGCAUUUCAACAGUUCAUCCGCGUAUCCUCGUACCAACUGAGCUGGGCCCAUCGGUAACUGCACCAAAUUCUGCCUCCAUGGCUAACAAGAGAGAGAGAGAGAGAGAGAGAGGGAGAAUUCUACAUUGACAGCCGAUGCUUGUCUGCACACUGCUGUUGUUACUGCUACUACUACUGCACUCUCUGCAGGGGGAUCUUUCUCACAUGGAUAUCUGUUUGUUCUCCUCCCCUCCCCCCCCCCCGCACACACAAAGAUUGUGUCCGUGCGACGGGGAGGAGACCUUUCUAAGAGAGUAUACAGGAUGGUACUCUUCCUCGGAGAAUGAGCAACAGCUGCUAGUUCAAGGUGACAGCUUUCUGAUGUCAUGGCAACCGCCUGUUGGGGAGGAGACACAGAAAGGUGCAUUGGUACACACACAUGUACUGUUGCUGAACAGACUGAGUUUUAAUCCGGAUGGAUGGAAAUCCGGAGGGAAACAGACGGGUAGGAUACUGCUAGGAGCUGUAGCCGCUUUGAAAGAGGAAUCUGAAACUGCUACAUCAAGCUGACAGCUUCUGACGUCAUACCAACUGCCUCGUGCAAAUGCUGGGUUUUGGCUGAUCGAACGACAGGAUGAGCACUCCUCUUGGAUUCAAUCAUUGACACAGAUCUGACAUGUUCAGAGCUAACUCUGGGAUAGAGGCACACAGCAUGGGCAGCAUAUGUGAUGCCCUCUCUCGUGUGUGUGCAGAUGGAUGGACUUCGGCCCUGAAUGGCUGCAUGAUUGGAAAGAUGGUGCAAUGUGCGGACUCUGCGACACGUACUGGUCGUCUUCCCCUGAGCAGUCUGCCGGGUCAUUACAUCUGUAUCUGGCAUGAAAGUCACACGAAAGAAGCAGCCAUAAUGACAGACAGGUGCAUCGUCAGAACUUCAGACGACUGGGAUAGAGGCACAGCAUGAGCAGAGUGUAGUGUGUGCUUCUCUGCAAUGUGCACGGAUGGACUUAAAUACAUUUAUGCAAUUCUAUGGGCACCAGAAUCAACAUUUAUCGGCAAC